AUGAUACAAAGUAUCAUCUUGAUUUCAGAUUUUUUAAUGAGAAGACUUUUACAUUGUGCUCGUUACUUGAAAAAAGCUCACAAAAUACAAGCUCAAAAAUUAGAAGCAAAUAAAAAUGAUAAAAAACAAAAAAUCAAUGAAAUUAUAAAUGAGAUGGAUGAACCAAAAUUAGAUAAUGUAUUAGAGCAAAUAACAAAACUGAAUAAUUCAGAAAUAACAAAAGAAUGGUGUACUCUUUAUACAACAAUUGAUGAAUUGUCAGAAAUGGAAGUUAAGUCAACCAAUCACUUUUUAAAUAAAAUGCGCUAUCCAAAAGGCAAAAAUCAAGCUGAUGAAUCAACAAGAGGUUCUGCAAAAGUCUUUAUAAUUUGUUUUAUGUAUUGGAAUGAAACAAAGAAUUUGCCAGAUGUGUCAUUGGUUGAAAUGAAGGAUUUGAUUACUUAUGAUACAAAAACAGUUGCUCAAACAAUUAUAGAUACUUGUAACAAAUAUUCCAUUAAUACAAGAAUAUGUCAAACAUUUCUUUCAGAUAAUACAAAUUAUAUGACAGGAAAAAAUAAUGGUGCAGUUAAACUUUAUGCUAAAAUAACAAAAAAUCAAUGCUUUCGAAUUCCUUAUAGUCUUCAUGUUGCUUAUAUUAUUCUUACUACUUUUGAAGAUAUUGCAUUUGGAAAAUUGACAACUAUUAUAGAAUUCAGUAAACAAUCUCAUCCAUUUAAUUUGCUCUAUCUGGUAUGGAAACUUCAUAAUGGAUAUGAUAAGACUAAUAAAGAUAAUCCAUUAGAAAUGAAAGCUGAAAUAAUCUAUGAUCUUUAUAAAACACUUCUUAAUUUUGAUAUGAAUCAAUAUCAAAAACUAAUGCGGUCACGUUGGUUAUAUGAAGUAAAGACAGCUAUACAGUUUCUUGAAC